UUAUAGGCGCAUUACUCGGACAAGUAAAGCGCCCUCUGCGUUGUUACGAACCUUCAUCAGCAUUAUCGUCGUUGCUUAAAUCAUUCGAUUUGGAACCCUUCUCAAGAUCAACUUGAACGAGUCGAGAUUUCAAUGGUGAGUGAUUAAACCAUGGCAGCUGCUGCGUCAGCACCCAGCAGGGAAGAGAUGGCAGCGCACGUCUUCCAGCAGGAACUACGGACAGUGAUUCACUGGUUCACAACAUGGAACCACUAUGAGCGACAGGACUUUAUGACAGACCUAGUCAACAAGGCCAUCCCAGCGGAUGUCAGGAGUCUCUUUGAAGCCUUGGAGACCCUCAAAGUGAACGACAAGCCCCCGAGUAUAUUCCAGUGUCAACUGAAACUCUUCUCAGAAUGGUUUGCCGAGUGGUCCGACGAGGAAAGAGAUGUCCUCGUGCACAGACUCGAAGAGCUGGCUCCAGAAUUUAUGAAUGAGGUUAAUGUAAAAGUCCAUGCAAGAUUGUUGGAACAAGUGCGGAGCUGAUGCUUGCUUCCCAAUUCAACUUGAAGCAAGGAGGAUUCUGUAUCUCCAUGCUGCACUCCAGAAGCGUUUCCAGCUUUGGAUGUCAGGGGCCUAACCUCACAUCCACGCCAAAAUGUAGACAUGUUUUUUCUCGGGACACUCUGUAAAAUCCAAAAGGG